ACGUCAUGAUCGCUAGGCUGCAUGAUGUGUUUUGGUUACAGCUCAUUGUUUAAGCAUCAGUUGUUGAGAUAAGAGGUGAUUUUCGCUGAGCGAAGAUUUUCUGAAAUAUUGAUAGAAAACAGUCGAUACAGCUACAGAAAUGAACAGUCAGAGCUAUAAGAGGAAGAGAGUGGAUGUUCAGUUUCCCGACCCGGAAGCUGCCUCGCGUAUUUACGGGAGGAUGGGAGUGGACAUCUUGACCACGCCCAUCACUUCCGGGAGAGAUCUGGAGGUUGAACAACCCAGAAAGUAUUUUAUUCAAGCCACCAAUCAAGCAGUAUAUCAAAACAUUGGACCCUCUCGUACAGCUGGCAGAGUGGUCACAAAGGGAGUGGCAAAACCUCUGUUGAGCAAUGAACAAAUACAACAAUUCAUAUCCUCCACGGUUCUUUCUAAUGGUCGCUCAGGCACCAGCACUGAGCCUCGGAACCCUAAUGUCACCAAUUGUACUGUGUAUCCCUCUCUACCUGGGACAAGGGUAAAACUACAGACUGAACCUGCAAAUGUACAGCCACAAUUGACCUUGAAUGAGCUGAGAUCUGGACAGACCCUACCAUGGGUGUCCAUCCAGCAACCAACUCAGGAAACCAUACUGCAAAAGCCAACAGAAUACAGUGUACAACAGUUAGCCAUAAACAGCCAGGGACACAUUCAUCCCUCAGCUCAGAAUACUUUUGCUGGUUAUGUCCUUAACCCGACUUUGACACAGGCAGAGCUACAAGAGCCAGUCUCUGCAAAUGAACUUACAUUACCUAGAAAAAGUGAGGUUCAAGGCUAUACUCCAACUAUUGUGACAAACGAAUGGUUUAACAGAACACGACUGCAAGUUCCUACCAAGAAUAUCAGUGUGCCAGUUACUGGUGUAUAUAACCAGACCGUUCAUCAACCAACUCAAAUGGUCCAUGGCGUCAGUAGUAACUGCUUCUACAAUGGUGCAUACUCACCUGCGAUGACACCCUCACCUACAUGUAAUGUGACAAAAACUGCAACAAUUGGACAAUCAGCAGAUUUUGCCCAGAGGUCUUCUGCUGGUCAUCUUGAAUCAUGGAGUCUGAGACCACAGAGUCUACCUACAUUUGUUGUCCCAAUGGAGGCAAAAACAAAGGCCAAGACUAAAAAGUCAAAGAAAAAGACAACUACAAAUAUCACUCCCAACAGCCCAAGGACUAAAGGGAGUAAAAAUAAAAUGUUUGUGAGUUCAGUGCUGCAGACCACAGGGAAGCAAAUGGAAGCAACAUUGCAUCAGACUCAGAGUCCGAAAUCUGCCUCAAGUUCUGUCACUGAAAAAGGUGGCAAGGUAAUUCAUAAGAAUGCUAAAUAUUCAUUAAUGGAGUCCAUUGUUGUUACACCAAAAGUUCAAACAGACAAGUGGAAUAUCCUCCAGGCAGAAUUAUGUAAGAACAGGCAAAAACAGGGUCAGGUAGAAUCUACUGAUGAUAAGAAAGAAAGUGUUGAUUCUUCACCAAAACAAAUGGCCACUGCUGGUAAAAAUAAUGACAGCACUGACUCUACUCAUGAACAUACUACUAAUGCUGAUAUAAAGACAAUGGACACUGUGCCAUCAAACCUUAAACACAAGGAGCCUCAAAGUGUUGUAUCAAGAACUACAGUGCCAUCAAAACAGUCUGCACUGGAACAAAUGCAUAACUCUUUGUCUGGUAACACUGUCCAGAAAGUCACUGAGAAAUGUAGCCAAAUGAAAUCUGGGUCCAAACAACAGCCAAUGUCUAUUAGAAAGACACUCCCAGAGGACUAUAGGCCUGUGGUCAAUACAGACUUGUUAGUUGAAGACUUGUCACCUGACAGUUUUACUCUGUUGGAAGCAGACAGUUUCUAUGGACCAGAGAUUCUUAUCACUUCUGGCUCUCACUGCUUUGUGGCGCCUGUGCCUUUCUUCUAA